AUCAAGUGACAUCACAUCCUUUGGUCUCCUCGGGACUAGACAGAGAAGCUUCUCCACCCUUCACCGAGCCGAGGGCCCCCCUCCUCUUACCGGGACUCGGCCAACUUUCUGGUUCCACCGGGACUGCUGGACUGGGCGGGAAGUACCAAGGGAGCCAAAGAUGGACUCCAGCUCCGCCGUCCGAUCCCUGCUCCUGCCUCUCGCCCUGCUGCUGCAGCCCUUCGGGUCCCAAGCGCAGCCGGGGUUCCGGAUGAGCCCGGCGGAGAAGCGGGACGUGCGGCCGUCUGAGCAGGUGCGGCUGCAGUGCGAGGCGCUGAGCGCCUCGAACACGGGGUGCUCGUGGCUGCGCCAGUCUCCCGGAGCCCUGACCCCCACCUUUCUGCUCUACAUCUCGGGCGGCACGAGCAGCGUGAAGCUGGCCGAAGGCCUGGACGCCACGAAAUUCGCGGGGGAGAGGGUCUCGCCCUCCAUCUACCGCCUGACCGUGAAGGACUUCAGAGCACAAGACCAGGGCUACUACUUCUGCGUGGUCACCCGCAAUGCCAUCAUGUACUUCAGUCCCUUCGUAGCUGUCUUACUACCAGUAAAGGCCACUACCCCUGCACCCAAGCCCAAGACUACCACUCUGCUGACCACCACCAGCUCUCCCAUCCAGAAUUCAGCAAAUUCUGGGAAAUGCAAGUCCAUCGCCAGCUCCCAAGGAAAGAAGAGAUUGGAUUUCUCCUGUGACCUGUACAUCUGGGUGCCCCUGACCGGUGUCUGUGUUGUCUUGCUUCUGGCCCUGAUCAUUGCCAUUACCAUCUGCCAGAGGUCACGAAGACGAGUCUGCCGGUGUCCACGGCCCCUGAUCAGAGAAGGAGGAAAGUCUGGCCCACCAGAGAGAUAUGUUUAAUGAAGCUGGUGGACGUGGAGCGACAAGCAUGACAGUGGCUACUACAAAGCUGUUACCUGAGAUAUUUCACUGUAUAAAUUGGCAACGAUUUCCCCCUUCUGUUUCUUCCU